UACAUAGAAAUUACAAUAAUUCUUCGACGGUCGACCUACAAAUUUCUAAAGGUCGAUAAUAAUUUUAAACAUAUUUAAUUUAAUUUAGAGCCAUCCUUGUUUAUUAGACUAAAUAUAUAAAUAGAACAGUAUGUUGCGAACGAUUCUUAUACGAAAUAAAGUUCUCAGCGAUGGUGUUAAAAAAACUAUUCGAUGUAAUAUUACAAGAUGCUUGAGCACUGAAUUAGCAAGAAGAAAACAUUCAAACAAAAUCUUAUCCACUACAAACAAAUGUGCAGCACCUGCUCAAUUAUGGAGCAUACAAAUAAGGCAUUAUGCAGAUUUACCCACACACUCAAAAGUAAAUCUACCAGCACUUUCCCCGACGAUGGAAAAUGGUUCGAUUGUCAGUUGGGAAAAAAAAGAAGGGGACAAACUUAAUGAAGGUGAUCUUCUUUGUGAAAUUGAGACUGAUAAGGCGACAAUGGGUUUUGAAACACCAGAAGAAGGGUAUUUGGCUAAAAUAUUUAUACCUGCUGGAACUAAGGGGGUGCCAGUAGGGAAGUUACUAUGUAUCAUUGUAGAGAACCAGGCUGAUGUUGCCGCCUUUAAGGAUUAUAAGGAUGAUUCCUCUGGAGAACCAGCAAAGCCAGUGCCACCAAAGCCUGAGAAAGCGGAGGCCGCCCCCGCCUCAAGUCCCGCCCCCUCGUCCGGGGCCCCCGCCGCCCCCAAGCCAGCCCCGGCGCCUGCGCCCCAACAACCAGUGGCAGACCAGCAUAGCAGGAUCUACGCCAGUCCCAUGGCCAGGAGGUUAGCGGAGAUCAAGAAUAUCAGACUUGGAGGACAAGGGUCGGGAUUGUACGGUUCAUUGAAGAGCGGUGACCUCUCAGGCGCUGCGGCCGCGGCCCCCGCGCCGGUAGCUGCGCCCGCCCCCGGCGCGACCUUCACCGACGUGCCUCUGUCGGGCAUGCGGGAGACCAUCGCCCGCCGGCUGACGGCCGCCAAGCAGACCAUCCCCCACUACCAGCUGUCCAUGACGGUCAACGUGGAGAAGACGCUGGCGAUGAGGAAGGCGGUCAAUGACAAGCUUGCAGCUCAGAAGUCAGAUGUCAAGGUGUCUGUGAAUGACUUUAUUGUAAAGGCGGUGGCAGCUGCUUGCAAGCGCGUCCCCGCUGUCAACGCGCACUGGAUGGACUCAUUUAUCAGGCAGUAUUCAAAUGUGGACGUGAGCGUCGCAGUAGCGACCCCCAGCGGCCUCAUCACACCGAUACUGUUCAACGCGGACUCGCGGGGUGUCAUAGACCUGAGCAAGAACAUGAAGGAGCUGGCGCAAAAGGCCAAGGAUAACAAACUUCAGCCUCAAGACUACCAGGGCGGGACUGUCACUGUUUCCAACCUGGGAAUGUUCGGUAUAACAAUGUUCAACGCAAUAAUAAAUCCGCCACAGUCGCUCAUAUUGGCCUGCGGAGGACUCCAAGAAAUUGUGAUCCCAGAUAAAGAUUCACCUCAGGGGUUCCGUGUAGCCAAGUUUGUGACAUUGACAGCCUCAGCGGAUCAUAGAGUAAUAGACGGCGCGGUCGGCGCGCAAUGGAUGAAAGCUCUGCAGGAAAAUCUAGAAGAUCCCGCCAACAUGAUCCUAUAGACGAAUUAUACAUAGGCUAUUCCGAUAUAGUCUACCAUCUAUACUAUAGACAACGUUAUCAUAUGUUGUGUUUCGUGUCAUAGACUAUGUUGGGAUAGAAUAAACAAUAGACAAUUAGUUGAAGCAACUUGAAUUUUAAAAUUAUAUCACUGCAGGGUCUUUCAUUAGAUGUUGUAUUCCAAAUUUAAAUAAAAUCUAUUUUUUUUUUUCUAUAAUAUUUUAUGAAACAUAAUAUAUCAAUGAAACUAAAAAUUGGUGCUUCAACUAUUUGCUAUUAUAUUGGAAAGUCUUAGCGUAGUAUUUACUUACCUCGUUGGAGUCUUUAUAAAAAAAAUAAGUCAGUAACAACUCAACCUGCAUACCAUUAUUUAUUUAUUUUUUUGUCGUAAGGAAACAUUUUGGAGAUUUAUUUUGUAUUAUCAUUAAAAUCUUUUUUUUAAGGAUACACUUUGAUGGGCUUCUAUUGGUUAUUAUGUGGGUAUGCCUUUGAUUUUAUUUAUAGUUAUUUUACACCCUGUGAAAUUUUAUUUGUAUUAAUAAGCGUAAUUUUGUUUGGUACAAAUCGGUAUUUAAUUAUUUAUGUAUUUUUUUAGUUUUUUAGACUAUAGAUCUGUCCGGAUAUAUGCUUGUAAAUAUAAUACGUUCAAAUGUAUGAAUCAUUUUCGUUAUGGACCAUCGAUGCUGAUGUGUUUUGAUGUUUAUUAGUAAUUUUAUGAACGUUAGUCAAAUAUAUUUUAUUUAAACCGU